CGCGGCCCAGCCAUCCAACACACAGCGACCGCACCCGCAAACUACAAACUCGACUCAUCAACAACCGCAAAUAUGGGAAAGGUUCACGGAUCCCUCGCUCGUGCCGGAAAGGUCAAGUCUCAGACCCCCAAGGUUGAGCCCCAAGAGAAGAAGAAGACCCCCAAGGGCCGCGCGAAGAAGAGGCUCACAUACACCCGCCGUUUCGUCAACGUCACCAUGACCGGUGGCAAGCGCAAGAUGAACCCUAACCCCACCUCAUAAGCCAAGCAUGAGAGGAAGGGCGCAUGAAAUGAGCACGAUGAGCUAGAGAAUACGGUCAUGAAUUCGGUUUCCUCAGUACAGCUAUGACUCUGGAUCAGAGGGAGUGGGAAUCACGGACGUCGCUACGGCACGUUCCUUUGCAGAAGCAUGAUCCCACACUUUGGGAUGAUGGGGGCAUAUUCAUGGCGUAAAUGUAUAUUCUGCUUUUUGCACGGCUGCAUCACGAAAUCCAGAUGCUUGUGAUUCCAUGUUCAUGUUCCAUAUUUGUGAUAUUUGUCAUACUGCUUGUUUGCGAUGGAUUUUGUCUCUACUUUCGCCACAGUCCUACAAAAUAGCUGAUCUAGAGCUCAGCUCUAUUCGCUGAUUGCAAUCAAUUAUCUGUUUGAUUUGCCUACUC